AUGGGGGCUUUAUUGAGAAAGUACAACAUGACCCACCGUGUCUCUACCGCUUACCACCCCCAAAUAAACGAUCAAGCUGGGGUUUCAAAUCAUGAAGUGAAGUAUAUCCUUAAGAAAACAGUGAACCCGAAAAGGAAGGAUUGGAGUUUGAGGCUUGAUGAUGCCUUGUGGGCCUACCGGACCGCUUACAAUACCACGAUAGGCAUGUCUCCAUUUAGGUUGGUCUUUGGAAAGCCAUGUCAUCUUCCUGUGGAAUUAGAGCAUCGUGCAUUUUGGGCGUUCGAGCAAUUCAAUUUCAAUAUUGUUGAAGCUGGAAGACAUAGGAAGCUUCAACUUCAAGAUUUAGAAGAAUUGAGAAUAACUCUUAUGAAAAUUCAAGAAUUUACAAGGAGAAAACGAAGUUUUUUCAUGACAAGUCCAUCGCCCGGAAGCAUUUCGAACCGGGACAUAGGGUUUUGCUUUACCAUUCACGAUUGA